UCUCCACCGCAAAAUUAACCACAGUUGUCCCCACCAACACGGCAAAGUGCAUUCGAAUUCCCAUGAAAAUUUUCUACGUUCCCAUUUUCUUAUAAAUCGUCGUCUCUACGGCAUCCACCCACCACCACUUCCUCACACCUUUCACCACCGGCCAUCACCCAUGGGCGUCAUGGAAACCACCCCCACAGCCUUAGCCCUUUUGGUUCUCAGAAACCUGGUCGCCCCUGCUUUCAUCUACGCUGAUAAAUCCCUCGUUAAUCUUGGAGAAAAGUACAAACUCCUCGAAUUCAUUCGGUAUCUCUUCAUAACCGGUUUUCUCUUCUUCUUGCGUUUACUUCCUUCUUUCUUGGCUUCUUUUAAUCCUAUUCCUGAUCAUAAUCACCUCCUCAAAUCUCCCAAAACUGAAACCUACGCCGUCCACACUCGCCGAAGCGGCGGCGCCGAUUCGGGUAUUGCUCGAGCACUUAUCCAGAUCUUGUCGCUCAUUAAUGAUAUCCCUGUUAGCUCCAGGAAGUAUGAAGUUGUUCGAUCUUUGGCUGAGAAAAUUAUAGAGGAGAAUCAGAGUGGGGAUGCUGAGGCUUUGCGUUUAGUCAACCGUACAAGUUUAUCAGCGGCUUUUGAGAGGACUCUUAGCCAGCUUGAAGCGUCCAUGAUGGAGCUCGGCUAUGAACCGGACGUGAAUUGGCAGGUUCAGAACCAGUUAAACCGGGUUUUAAGAGCGGUUAGGUCUCUAAAAGAUGGGACAUUGGGGGCCUUCGGUGGGAGGACGAGAGAGGGAAUGGAACGGUUAGAGGAGAAGUUGGCGGCGGAGCUGCUUUGGUUGUCGCAGAAGUUGGCUGCCUGCGGUUGCGGGGAGGAAGCUGUUUGUAGGUGGGCCUCGGCUUCCAACUUGGCUUACUUCGCUCUCUCGGCUGAGCCGCGUCUACAGGGUUCAUUGCUAAAGAUUGCAGCAUUUCUGUUCAAGCAAGCCAAAGAAUGGGGAGUAGAAGAAAUAGAAGAAGACAAAAAACAACAACAAAGGCAAGUAAAUAAGAAGAUGCUAAUGGCAUGGUUGCCAUUGUUAUGCAAAGCUUGUAAUGGCACUGAUGUACCUGUUCUCAGCACUAGCGAAAGGGCAGAGCUAGAGAAAAUACUGGAAGAGCUCAUAGAGACAUUGGACCAGGAAGAGGAGCAGGAGCAAGUGUUGUCUUUGUGGCUACAACACUUCACUUAUUCCCCUUCUUCUGAUUGGCCUAAUCUCCAACCAGCUUAUGAUAGCUGGUGCACUAAUGCCCGUAAGCUACUGAUUCUCCAGUGAAAAGCUUGGUUCAAAAUCCUGUGGUAAAAGGCUUCUCCACUUCACAAUGCUUCCUAUUUUUCAUGGAUCAGCCAAGAAUCCUUUUUUUUUUUUUAAUUUUUUUCUUGGAUAUUGUAGUAAUAUAGAUAAAAAAAUUUCACCUUUCUAGUCUGAUUAAAAAUAAAAAUUAUAUAAAUUUUAUGUGUAUAAUUACAAUUAUUUUCAUAGUUAUUUUGUAAUUCAAGAUCUUUAGUUGGUUA